AUGGCCGCAAAUAUUGGAUAACGUGUUUCCUGUGCACGAUUGUUUUGUAUCGUCGCUCAACUCUGUUUCUCUAAUCUAACACCCAAAAAAAGAAGAAAUUAUGGAUCGCACGGGUAGAUGCGUAGAUGCAACAAUCUCGCUUUUUCCGCCGCCUUUUGUGAGACCCCGCCACCGUCUUAGUUUUUGGAUCUUUGAGAGGGAUUUUAAACCAGCAGCCAAGAUGCAAAAUGAAGAGGGACAAAACAUGUUCUGCCACAAAUAGAUUAAUUACAGCAAAGGACCAUGCAUCUUUACAAAUCAAUGUUGGGCAUUUGGAUGCAAAUGGCAUCUACACUGGUCAAUUUACCACCUUUGCACUAUGUGGUUUCGUUCGCGCCCAGGGUGAUGCUGACAGUGGGCUCGAUCGUCUGUGGCAGAAGAAGAAAGCUGAACUGCGACAACAAUAGAUGAGGGGUAAAUGAUGACUUUGGUUUGACUUUUGCAUUUUAGAAGCUUUCUUGCUUAGUCAGCAGAAAAUUUUUGUGUUGUCCUUGUGUGAUGGUGCAAGCUUGUCGCCUUUAUUAAGUGAUCUUUGAUUUGGUGUAAGUGAUUAUGUUUGUGAUGGUGCGUACUUUUUUUUUAUUUUAAUGUCUGGUGUCUUCUCAAUAUCUGAUAGCAUAAGUAUUGAAAGAUGAUCGAUUCUCCUUUUGUUGUUGAAAAGAAUGCAUCCAGUGAAGGAUUGCAUUGAUUUAGUUAAAA